GCAUCCAACGUUGAACUGUGACCCAAGACGAUACGAGCGAUUAUUUUAAGUCAGUUAUAGUCAGUGGCUUUCGAAAAUGAAGUUGCUUCGACUUUUCUCUUGUUGCCUAUUUUUUUUCACGGGCGCGACCGCCUUACCAGUCGGACUCUUAUACAGUCAUAAUGUGCAAGAAGCCCGCAAAUUGCCACAGGAAAAUGACGUCUCCAGCCCGGAAAUCAAGCUCAAAGUGCCCGUGGUUUUCUACGGAACGAAAUUCAACUCGAUUUUUGUGAACUCAAACGGCUUCGUCUCCUUCCAAACCGAAAUCCCCAACUUCUUCAACAUCGAGUUCCCCCUCGACUACCCCCUCAUCGCCCCCUUUUACACGAACGUGGACACCAGGAGCGCUGGGACGAUUUCCUACUACGAAACCUCCGACUCGGCCCUCAUUCACCGCGCCACAGAAAACGUCCGUGAAUACUUCUCCGACCAGGAAAAUUUCCAGGCCAAAAGUCUAUUUAUCGUGACUUGGUUCCGUGUCGGUUAUUUCAACAGAGGCAGCGACAAAACCAACACUUAUCAACUGGUGAUCAUCACCGACGGCGCCAGCUCAUUCGUUGAACUCCUCUACCCCAAAGAGGGCAUCCAGUGGAUCCAAGGCACCGGGGACGAGUCCGGGCUCCCGGACGCCCGCGCCCAAGCCGGAUUCAUCUCCGCCGAGGGCAAAAUGUACACGCUUCCGGGCUCCGGCACGGAGCAAGUCCGGAAUUUGGAAGUGUGGUCCAAUAUUGACCUCCCGGGGCAGUUCAUGUACAGGGUUGAUGGGAAUGACGUGAUCGGGCCCGAUUUGAUCACCGAUGAUUUGAAAAGCGACGAGAAUCCGCAAACGUGUGCCGAAGCUACGACUUAUUGUCACGUCCAAGCCAACUGUGUGGACUACGAGGAGGGGUUCUGCUGCCAGUGCAAGAAACAGUACUACGGGAAUGGGCGGUUUUGUGUAAAGAAAGACGUUCCGCUGAGAGUUAAUGGGAAAAUCAACGGGAAAAUUAACGGCGAACGACUGGAAAAUUUGGACUUGCAGUCGUACAUUGUCAUGGUCGAUGGCCGGGCCUACACGGCUAUUAGCAAAAUCCCCGAAUCUAUAGGUUUUGACAUCCAAUCCUUGCAAAUUCUGGGUGGGGUAAUUGGUUAUAUUUUCGCCAAACCCAUCAGAAACGCCCAAAAUGGGUACCAAUUCACGGGAGGUGUUUUCAACCACACUGCCAUUCUCAAAUUCUUAAACACCAGUCAAACCGUUACGAUAAAACAAAAAUAUUUAGGUUUGGACGUUUUCGAUCAAUUGCGACUCGAAACCAACAUUCAGGGGGAAAUCCCGACUUUACCGUUCGACUCAAAAAUCGAAAUCGAUGAGUAUCAGGAACAGUACACUUUGACGAGUCCCGGAGUGGUUCAAAUGUCAUCGACUCGCUUUUUCAAAUACUUGGACGAAAACAAAGAAGAGACCACCGUUUCGUACGACAUUGAACAAGUCUACACUUUUGAUUACUGCAAGCACGAGAAUACCUCACUCGGCGAGAGCUGGAAGCUCAAAGUCGGCAAAAACUUCAUCAGUUACGAGAGCAAAGAACAGAUCAUCCGUUUCGGCUUAACUAACAAGAUCAUGCCUUUGGGGGAGAUCGACCCUUGCCAGGAGGGCCGCUCCCAGUGCGCCCCUUUCAGUGCCUGCGUCGUGGACGGCGACAGCUUCCGGUGCGUUUGCAACCCAGGUUUCCAGCAAAUGUUUGCCGAAAACGAGACAGUCUGCGCCGACAUUGACGAAUGCCAGACCGGGCUCCACAGUUGCGACCAGAACGCAGCCUGUGUGAACCAGGUCGGGUCGUACUCCUGCUCUUGCAAUCCGGGCUUCACCGGAAACGGGCAAGUGUGCGAGAACGAAUUCUCGUGCCAUAACGUCAUUUGCCCCCCGAAUGCCGAGUGCGUGGAGGGCGACAACGUGGCAAUGUGCCGCUGCAUGCCCGGAUUCACCGGAGACGGGCAAGUUUGUAGCCCGCUGGUCGACCGGAGUUGCCACACGGCCAACAACUGCGACCCCUUCGCCGUCUGCACCAUCGACCCCAAGACGAACAGCUACUACUGUGUGUGUUUGCCGGGGUACGAAGGGGACGGCUACAGUUGUAGCAAGGUGGAAGUGCAAAACGUGACGGAAGCGGCGGUCGAGAAGGAGAUCCAGAGGUGCGUCCUGGGAGUGUGUUGGUGCCCCGAAGGGUACACUUUUGAGAAAGGGACCACGUAUUGCAUCCCCAAAGAGGAGACGACUGUUCUACCGCCGACUACGCCACUUGCGGAUAAUGUCACGUGUGAUAUUUUGAAUAAUUGUAACGCCAACGCUCAGUGUAUUUACAAUUCGGAAAAUGAAACUUUCUCGUGUAUCUGUAACGAAGGUUACGACGGGGAUGGUUACACCUGCGAUGCUGUAACCGUGUCGUGUGCGCAGGAAUAUAACUGUGGGCCCAAUGCAAAUUGUUACUACGACGAAACUGUCGGGAAGUCGAAAUGUGUGUGCAACCCGGGGUAUUUCGGGGACGGUUUCAACUGCACAAUCACAGCCAUUUGCACCUCCAAUGCCGACUGCACCCAAACCGAGGAGUGCCUUCUGUCCAGCUCACAGCGCUACGAAUGCGUCUGUAAAGAGGGCUACGUCCGGGAUUCCCAAAACCAGUGCAUUAAACCCAGCACUUGUGGCGGCGGACUUUGCGUCGAAAACGCCGAGUGUCUCUACGACGACACCUACCAGCUCCAUUAUUGCUCCUGCAAGAGUGGUUACAUGGGGGACGGCAUAACCGAAUGUAAACCGCGCCCCAUCGGUUGUAACAUUGAAAAUAAAUGCGGCCUCCACGCCACCUGCGAGUACGACCCCUCCACCUCCUUGUACGAGUGUCAGUGUGAACGUGGUUACUACGGCGAUGGUUACGUGUGUUACACCGAAAUCAACUGUCACAUCGAGCCAACUUUGUGCGACCCACAAGCCACGUGUGUUACAGACUCGAACCGGAGGUACGUCUGUCAGUGUAACACUGGCUACGUGGGGAACGGAACCAUCUGUCGGAAGAAUCCCACCCACGAAGGCAACUUCCUGUUACUCAACCAGGGAAUGUCAACACUAAAAAUCCCAUUCGAACCCACGAAGCAAAAUUCAGGAAAACCCAUCCAGGUCAAGUACUUCCAAACUGCUGUGGGCCUGGACAUUGACUGUUACGAAGGACGGGUCUAUUGGGGUGACAUCAGCGGGAGGGCGAUCAGGAGCUCCUCCUACAACGGGAGUAACAAGAGCGACUUUAUCGUGGAAGGGAUUGGGUCACCGGAAGGACUAGCAGUUGAUUGGGUUUCAAGAAACAUUUAUUGGACCGAUUCGACCAAAGAUACAGUCGAAGUCGCGAGUAUUGAGACGAGGCGGAGGCGAGUCCUUUUCGAUUUCAAUUUAGUCAACCCGAGAGGAAUCGCCGUGCAUCCGCAACGAGGCAAAAUCUUUUGGACCGAUUGGGACCGCAAGAACCCCAAGAUCGAGUGGGCGAACGGCGACGGCUCCGGCCGCGGCAUUUUCCUGCAAGGGGAAGCCGUUUCCCUUCCCAACUCUCUCACCAUUGACUACGACACCGAACAAUUGUGUUACGCGGACGCCGGAACGAAAAAAAUCGAAUGUGUCGAUAUCGACAGCAAAAUCAGGCGCACAAUUGCCACCAACUGCACAUAUCCAUUCGGGAUAACAGUCACCGAUAAACACAUCUAUUGGUCGGACUGGAUCACGAAGAAAAUUGAACGGGCGGAGAAAAACACGCUGACACGUUUGCCGCCCCUGCAGGUUCCUCUCGGCGGCAGUGGGAACAAGUUGUUUGGGUUGGUGGCAGUGCCUCAGAGUUGUCCCCAGUUGACAAACGUGUGCCAAUAUUACAAGGACCAAUGCCCUGUCGAUCACAUUUGUCUCCCGAACGGCGCAGGAAGUCGGACUUGUGUCUGCACUUUCAAAGCCGACAGUUCUGAAACACCUUCUUGCAAAUUAUAAUUACGAUUAAUUAAGUUUGUAGUUUAGGUUUUCUACAAUAAAACACUUUUCUAAUUUAA